CCCCGGAAUCUUCACGGGUCGAUUAUUCGAGAACUUAGAGACCGAGCAUUUCAUAUUCCGGCGGGGGCGUGGGUGUCUGUUGAAGUAUUGGAUUUUGUAUGGAGACGAGAUAUAUUUUCAGCUGAAGCUGCAAAAUCAGAUAUCUGGGGUAUAAUUAUUUAUAUUUUACUAUUAUUUUUUCUGCGACAAUUUCACCCAUAACACUGUGUGCUUUACACAUCUUUUAAUUGGAGAAUGGGCAGAGAAACAGCAAACGCAAUUACCAUCAAGGGUUACACAUUCCCCAAAGGUUCAAUUGUAAUCGUGCCAUUGAUGGAGAUGCAAAGAGACCCAGAACAUUUUGAUGAACCAGAUGCCUUUCAGCCCGAUCGAUGGAAAGGGAACAUUAACCCACUUGCAUGGCUUCCAUUUGGCUAUGGUCAACGCCAGUGUCUCGCAGGCAGAUUUGUCAUGUGUGCGUUGAAGAUUGCCCUCAUCCAUGUCCUCAGAAAGGUCAAGUUCGUCAGACCGCCUGAUAUGCCUGAAAUGUUGGAGCUGGACUGCCUAACCAUAGGACGACUUGUGCCAAAAGAAGCCAUCAAGCUCAGGAUUGAACACCGGGACAAAGCCCAAACAUAGCAUUUGUGAUACUUUGUUUAAACCCGGAUCAGCAUGUAUUAUUGUAUUCCUACUUCCUUGAUCUAUUAUCAGUUGGUAUUAAGAACAGGGUAUGACAGGGAACUCGCCAGAGAGUUUCGAGUGUAAAAAAGAAAGGUUCAGUAUUUGUCCAUUUUAACACGUUUUCUGUAACUUUAGAAUCUAACAUUUCCAGUUGACCAAAGGACCAUUGACGUACCUCACCCAUUGGGCAAUCUGCAUCCAAUCAGUGAGAACCUCUGAGUUAAUUUAUCAUUUUGAACUUUCAUUCCCUGUGUUCAAAAUUGAUAAAAGGAUUACAUCUGAUGGCUAAAUAUCCCACAUGUGAUAAUUAUAUGUAUUUGUAUAUUAACCAGACACGAAGCGUUAACUACACGGUGGAGCUUCAGUUGCAUACAGCAAUGUAAACUUGAAGGUAUAUAUCUUAAACCAGAUACACGUAUAUAAUGUAAAAAUAUUUAUUUUAUUGGAUACAUGGUUAACUUGCGUGGCUUGUGAAUGUCUCAAAGAGAAAUGACUUGUACAGCAUUUAGCCUAAUAAGCCUGGAUUAUAAAUAAACGAGACAAACU